AUGGAUCUCGCCUUAGGGGCCAUGGCCAGCCUGGCCCCCAAGCUGGCGGAGCUGCUCCUGGAGGAGUACGUCAUGCAGAAGGGCCUGAAGCCCAACAUCGAGUCCCUCUCCAGAGAGCUUGUGAUGAUGAACGCCGCCCUCGUCAACGCGUCUCGGGUUCCACCGGACCAGCUUACUGAGGUGGAAAAGCUCUGGGCACGGCGGGUCCGGGAGCUGUCGUACGACAUGGAGGAUGCUGUCGAUGACUUCAUCCUGCGCGUGGCCGGCUGCGAGUCUGCAGCUGAUGCCACUGACGCCAACAUCUUCAAGAAGAUCCUUGGCAAAGCCACCGCUGCAGUGAAAGAGGGCAAGCAUCGCCAUCAGUUCUUCAACACGGUCAAACACAUAAAGAAGCUCUCCCACGAGCUGGCUGGGCUCCAUGCCAAGUACAUGGUUAGGGCCGCGGGUGUUGAUCUCGCCGCAAGCUGCGGUAUCGACCCUCGUGUCAUUAAUCUGUACAAGAAAGAGUCGGAACUCGUUGGCAUCGAGGUGUCAAGGGACAAAGUCCUCAGGAUGAUGUCUAUAGGGACCAAAGAUGAUACUCAUGCUCAUGCAUAUUGGGACCUGAAGAUAGUGUCUAUAGUUGGGGUUGGAGGAUUGGGCAAGACUACUCUAGCCAAAACAGUGCAUGAUAUUCUUAAGAAACAAUUCGACUGUUCUGCUUUUAUUUCUGUUGGUAGGACUCCUAAUCUGACCAGGACAUUUGAGAAGAUGCUAGUGGAACUCGAUCAAAAGUACUUCAUCGUUGUUGAUGACAUAUGGGAUGUUGGAUCGUGGGAAGCGAUUAGAUAUGCCUUGAGGGACAAUAAUUGUGGAAGUAGAAUCAUCAUGACUACUCGUAAUUUUGAGGUUGUCACGAAAGUAGAAGAGGUUUACAGACUAAAACCACUUUCUGAUGGAAACUCUAUGAAAUUAUUCUACAAAAGAAUACAGAGUCAGAAAGGAGAAAGUCUUGAUGGUGUAUCAGGUGAAUUGUCUAGUAAAAUCAUAGAUAAAUGUGGCGGUAUACCAUUGGCUAUCAUUGCAAUAGCUAGUUUAUUGGUUGAAAGACCAUGUGAGCACUGGUCAAAGGUGUAUGACUCAAUUGGUUUUGGGAAUGGAGAUAAUACAAUGAAGAUAAUGUCGUAUAGUUACUAUGAUCUACCUUCUUAUCUAAAGCCAUGCAUAUUGCAUCUAAGCAAUUUUCAGGAAGAUUCUGGCAUUGAUACAAAGAGUGUGAUUUGGAUGUGGAUAGGUGAAGGUUUUAUCCAUCUUGACAAAGAGGAGGGUAGCCUAUUUGAGGUUGGAGAAAGAUACUUCAAUGAGCUUGUCAAUAGAAGCAUGAUCCAACCAAUGGACGACACAUAUUAUCGGUUCACACAAUAUUUCCGUAUUCAUGAUGUUGUGUUUGAUCUUAUCCGUAAGUUGUCGGGCGUUGAAAACUUUAUUACUAUUUUGGACAGCAAAGAUCAACAUGCUUCAUCGGACAGUUUAAGAAAUAAGAAGAAAGCAGGCAUGCCUCAUUCGGACAGCAAGGUACGCCGGCUGGCUGUCCGAAAUCACCAUGUGCAGCACUUGCCUGAAGGCACCAUGCACAUGCCAGAGGUUCUGAGGUCGCUUCACAUUGAAGAUAGUAAGAUUGAGAUUAUGGCCCCACUUCAAAGGUUUAGAGUUUGCCGUGUGCUAAAUUUACAAAACUGCCAUGUCCCGAUCAGCCUAAAGCAUCUAGGGAGGUUGUUGCAUCUCAAGUACUUAGAUAUAUCUUACACAGUUGUUGAUGAGCUUCCUAAGGAACUCGGGAAUCUGAAGUCUCUUUUGACACUGGUACUAAUCGAUAUUGGCCUAGACGAGCUACCAGCGGCCGUGUGUUCACUUACACAGCUGAUGUGCCUGGUAGCUGUUGGGUUCAAAAAGUUCCCAACAAAGAGGAUGGGGAACCUAACGUCCCUGGAAGAGCUACAGUUAAAGACCGUAGUUGGCGGCCGGAGUGCCACCGAGGGCCUAGUGGCAGAGCUUGGCAAGCUGACGAGGCUGAGGGUCGUCACGAUCACCUUCUCCCAGGUACUAGAUGACAGUUUGCAAAAUGCAUUGGUGCAGUCUCUUUGCAAUCUACUAGAACUCCAGGAACUAGAGCUUUUUCCUACAGGAUCAUUCCAUCAGGGAGUCACUGUGUGGGAAGACUGGGAGGCACCUAGGCAGCUUCUACGCCUGCUUAUACAAGGUAUCACCUUCUCACGGCUGCCUCGGUGGAUCAAUCGCUCCCGCCUGCCACGCCUCUCCUUCUUAUCUGUCAGUGUGUAUGUUGUUGAAGUACAUGACCUAGAUAACCUAGUGAGAUUGCCAGAGCUGAGCUACCUCGAGCUAGGCAGUUUCAGCUGGCCUCCAGGGUACACUGUUGGUACGGACGGUUUCAGGAAUCUGAGGUUCUGCCAUGUGGGCACAGCGCUCAAGUUUCAUAUGGGCGCCAUGCCAAGGCUUGAAGAGCUGCGGUUUGGAGUUUUGGCAGGGUAUUGGAGUUGGCACGUAGAUGGUGUGCCAUUGGAGCAGUUCCCAACAAAGUAUGUAAUUGGAGAUCUUGAAUUGGGCCUGGAUAAUCUCCUUUCACUUGAGAAAGUCACGGUCAGAGUCAACUGCACGGGUGCUACUGCCUCAGAAGUGCAGGAGGUGGAGGCCAUGGUCACGCGUGCAAUGGAAAAUCAUCCCAACCAUCCAACCAUGAAAAUGGAUCGAGUAUAUGAAGAAAAUGUGUUAUCUGAUGAACACCGGGAGGCUCGGGUGAGGCUGUCUCUUCUAGUCUGA